AUGCCAAAGGACAAAAGCUUUCAAAAAUCUCUGCAAAUAUACCUCUCUAAGCUCAUAAAACCCAUCUCAACCCAGCUUCCAAUCCAUCCAAAUACCAUAAACAGCCCUUCAAAUUGGAUCUUAUCAGGUUGCAGACACCCUAAGACCUCUUCUUUCUCCGUGGAUCAAAACCAAUCCAACACCCAUAAAAAUGGUGAUGAUGAUAAUGCUGCAACUCUCACCGACAUCGAUCACUUCCUCUUCGAAAACUUCAAUUCCCUCUACUGCAACACUAACAACAGCGAUGGCAAUAAGAACAGCGGUGGCGGUGGCGCCGCCAAUCAACGUUGCAAAAUCUGUAGUCCCAGAGCAUUCCUCUUCGAAUCACCAAGAUUGGGUGACGCAACACCUCAUGUACGGCCAUCGAAUCGGUUCUUUGUGUCACCCAGCACAUCCAAUUCACUACUGGAAGACACCCGAUCGACCUUAUUGGGUGAAACUGGAUCGAGCUCGACUACUCUACGUGAGUCCAUGGCUCUGUCUGCGAAGAUAAAGAGUCUCAAUUUGGAACUCCCUGAUGAAAGCAUUGCAGUGCUUACGUACAGUCGAGAUCCUUAUGAGGAUUUCCGGCAAUCCAUGGCGGAGAUGAUUAAAGCACGGUUAAGUCAGGAUGAGAGCGUGGAUUGGGAGUUCAUGGAAGAGCUUCUGUUUUGUUACUUGAAACUGAACGAUAAGAAAUCCUAUAAAUAUAUACUUGGGGCUUUUGUGGAUCUGAUGGUAAUUUUACGUCAGAAUUCCGGUAGUUCGCCGGGAAAACCACGUAAGAUUAAGACAACAGCAACGAGCAGGAAGAGGACGAAGAAAGGAGAGAAGAGAAGGAAAGGACAUGUAACGUGA